AUGAAUAUCCCACGUUCCAUACUCAAAAAUCCAUCAGUGCCCUCGACCGAUCCUCCCUUGAAACAACAAGAUCGUAUGAGGGAAACAGCCCUCUACCAUGCCAAUCUCAUCCAACAUCGGAAAGACGUUGAAAAUCAGAUACUAAACAUAAUCGAGGCGUUGCUCGAACUCCCGUCAUCAAGUGAUGCUGAUCCAGCUUCUCCGUCUGUUGAAGAAGCGGCUGUUGUGGGGAGCUCGCUGAGGUUAUUUCAGCCGUCAGACUAUGAUGCCCUAGUCGAAGAGCGCAACAUAAAUAAGCAAUGUGGUUAUGUUCUCUGCCCACGAUUGAAUAGACAACAGGAGACGACCGCAAAGUACAGGCUGAUCAAAGCUCAAAGAAGCAGGCGCUCGGAAUUACAUAUUGUGAAGACGCAUGCAAUGGAAAAAUGGUGUUCUGAUGAAUGUGGUAGACGGGCGCUUUAUCUGAAAGCACAACUCAAUGGUGAGCCUGCGUGGACAAGAGAUGCUUCCGAAGGCAGUGAUAUCGCGGUCUUUGAACAACAUGAAUGUCGCAGACAUUCUCAAAGGUUGGCGCCGACGAUGCUAGAGGACGUCACAAAGCUCCGCGUUCGUGAGGACGAAGAACAGGUUGACGCAAAGAUGAAGGCUCUCGCAAUUGAACGCGGCGACGCGAAAAUGCCUAGCAAAUCCUCUGGGCUCGUGCAGGUUGUAGACAAGGAUCCAUCUAGGAGAGAAUCACUUGACUAUCAGCUACCGGCUCAAGACACAAGUGAUGCAAUAGAAGGCUAUCAGCCCCGCUUCGAACACAGAAAGCUGGGAAAGAUCUCCCUUGAAGUCGAAUCGUCAGACUUGAUGAGCACGAUAUGA